GGCAGUUUUGGAAUGAAAAGAUGAGAUUGUAAACAGUAAAAGCUAACCUACAUCAAUUUAUUGUAAUUUCAGUAUAAAUAAAUAUUUAUUUAUUUUUGUGUUUUACUCAAAAAGUAGUUCUAUUUCUUUUCUAGCUUUUAUUUUUUCAAAUGUCGUGAUAUAUUUAAUAUUGAUUUGAAAGUUUUGAAAAUAACUUUGUUGAAUAUGACUUCUCAAACUAAGGUUAUGUCUCAGAAGGAAUAUCUCAAGAAAUAUCUUUCAAAUGAAAAGGACAAGAAGAAAAAGAAAAAAGUGAAAUUAUCAUCUUCGUCAGUAUUAAAAAGGUCGCAGAUAAUCGAUGAUGAUGUCGACUUGAAAACAAUGAGAGUAUUGAAUGACGACGAGAUCGACCUGUAUCAGCUGGAUGAGGAUGCGCCUCAGAUAGCCGGAAUAAUUGAUGAGCGACCCACCGAAAUGCAGGCCAUGGAAUACUACAACGACAAAAAACGGUGGAAGGUAUUUGGAGAUGCAGAUGGAGACGGAGAUCUUUUAGUGAAAGACAAAUAUCAAAGAAUAUCGAAUGCCGAUAGUAGUGACUCAAGGAAUCAGAAAUCACAGAAAUUAUCCAACCAAGGUGAAAACGACGAUUCGGAUCUAUCGCCACCCCGCGAUUCGAAAACUGGUCAGAAGUUUUCUCGCGAUGUUUACAAAACGUCAGGAGAUAAACCAAAUAAAUCAACGUUUGACACCGAUCUAUCUCCCGAACGGAGGCCGAAAGAGAGCAAAUCCCUUCUCCAUAAGAAAUCAAGGAGGAAAAGCAGUGAUUCUGAUCAGUCUCCCCCUAGAAGAAAAAGUAGAUUUGAACCUACUUCAUCUAAAAAGUGUUCUGAUAAAAGUGAUUCGGAUCUAUCCCCUCCAAGACAUUCACAAAAGUCUUCAAACACUAGGAAACGCGAUAGUGAUUCAGAUUUUUCACCUCCAAGGUUAUCGAAGAGUGAAAGAGACACUGAUAAAACAAAGAAAGGUGGUCGAGAUGGUAGAGACAGUAGAUUCUCUCAGGGAAGCGAUGUCAACGAUAAAAAACACAAAUCAAAACAUGGCUCAAAUUCAGAGAGGGAAAAUGUGGGAUCUCCAAAUUCAAAAAAGAGCGACAGGAGAAUGGAGAAGACCCUGGAUGGAAAACGAGCUGGGUUGCAAAAUGCCAGCCAGUUGAGGAAAGAACUCACUGAUUUCAAAACAAAAGAGGACACCGCUUUUUCAAAGUUGGCAUCAGACAUGUCGGGAGUGAAUGCGGCUCCAGUGAUUCGAGACCGCAAGACGGGCAUGAUUCGUGAUCUGCAGCAGGAGCAGCGUGUAGCGGAGGAGAAGGCAGCCAAAGCCGCCGUGCAAACCGAGAAGUACUCCAGAUGGGGACGUGGUGUGAAACAAACGGAGGAUGCUGCAGAAAGGGCAGCGAGUGCGAUCCACGAGAUGUCGAAGCCCCUCGCUCGGUAUGCGGAUGACGACGACCUGGAGCGAGUGCUCAAAGCGCAGGAAAGAGAGGGAGAUCCCAUGUUGGACUAUAUUCGCCGAAAGCAGAGUGAAUCAACGUCUCUCAAAGAAGCCAAACCCAUGUACCAGGGCUCAUUCACACCAAACAGAUAUGGAAUUCGGCCAGGAUAUCGGUGGGAUGGAGUUGACAGGUCCAAUGGAUUUGAGAAGCAAUGGUUCACUACUCAAAAUAACCGCAAAGCAAGGGAUGAAGAAGCCUACAAAUGGAGUAUUUCGGACAUGUGAUAUUGCAUACUCCUAGGAUUCAUCAAUAAUUUUAUUUUUUAUUAUUUUAAGUACUGUCCAACUUUGAUUAGUGAUUAUGAGAUGUUGUAAAUUAUAUUUUCUAAUGCUAAACUAUUUCUAAAGACGUUUAUUGACCUCGGAAAUGUGAAUAGAUUACACUUUUCAAGAAAUGAACGAUCAAUGUCUGCAACUUGAUGUUUAACUCAGAAUCACUGAGAUUUGAGACAUCAAAAUUUAUUAUAAAUACUGUGUAUUUUUAUUGAAUAGUUUGUAAUAAAAUUCAGAAUUCUUUUGUUUCAAUUGAA